UAUUUGAUUCAGCUACUUUAGGUGCAUAUAUAGAAAAAACAGUUAGAGGUUCAGUUUGUGUCAAUGAUACAGACCAUGGAAAUUUAACAACUCAUACAUGGACUCCACCAUCAAAUUUACCAAAUGUCUUUGGAAAAUUCACGAGUACUGAGCUCAAUUCAGAAGUGACACCUAUCUCUACCUUAGUAGCUGCAAAAAUUCGUGACUAUAUUCUUGUUCAAAAACACAUUGUCUAUACUCUGACACAAGAUUAA